ACACCUAGUAAAACAAAGUGACGUCAAAAUAUUUUUAGAGUUGUCUGUUUUAAUAAAUUAUCGAUUUCAUUUUUGUGGUUCACUUCUUAUUAUAUUCGAGCAUUGAAGUUUAAUAUUCUAAUAACAUUUAUUGUACUAAUAAUCUUUGUUAUGUAACCACUCACCUGUUUGUUUUGUCACGGUGUAAACACUAUGCGGAUCAAAUGUUACGUUUUCAACAUAGCCGCCAUAUUUGAUCGGGUAUUGGGGCCAGCGAAAGGGACACAUUCAUCCGAACCCGACGUAAAAUAAAGAGAUUAUAUAACAGACAGUAUGGAGUCGGACAGUUUGACAAUGCUGAUGAAUCGUUUCUGUGAAAGGUUGGAUGGAAUUCGUUUCAUGAUUGACCUGAAAGAAAACAGAAGAAGUGAGGAUGAGGAAGAUUGUCAGGAGCACAUCGAGCAUCUCAGUGAGGAGACGGACAAACUCUUCAGAACUCUGACAGAUAUCAAGUCUGCUUUAAAACACAGACAACAGAAAGUGGAAGAAAUGAAGACUUUGACCAGAUUACUUGAUAUCAGCUGUCUCCAGCAUUUGUUGGACAAUGUUCCUCCACACCUCCCAAAGUCAGUGAAAUCGGAUCCACCACCUGUAAAGGCUUUUGAGAAUGAAGCAGAAACAACAGCAGCAAAAACAACAUCUUCUGAUGACAAGGAGAACAUCCCAAAGAAACGGGGUACGUCUGGAGGGAGGAGGCCCGCCAAGGAGGUGUACAUCCCUACCCUGGUGUACAUCACUGUGGAGGAAUUUAAAAGAGUGCCAAAGUACAUGAAGGGAAGAAUGAAUUACAAUCAGAUGAACACUGCCAUCGAUGAACUGAAUAAGGCAUUUAGUGAGAAGUACAGAAUUUUAGGGAUGAAACGAAUCACGCUGAAUGAUCAGAACAGAAAGCGUUAUGAAAAAUACAAAGAACAGGAAUCAAAAGACACCAAAGGAGAACACUUCAUAGUGGACACAGAUAUCAAGGAAUAUACUAAUUUCAAACUGGACAGUGUUGGGCGGUCAGUGUUAACGAUACUUCGCCAUUGUGGGAGGACCAAGGAAAUCCGGGGAGGGGGACUCACUCGAUAUGCAUGCAUAGAGGUCUACUAAUGACUGUACGACUUGUAAAGAAGAUUGGUGUAAGAGUGUGACUGUGCAAUAUGAUUGUAUGCUAUGUUGUUGUUUUUAGGUCACUCAAGGGUCACCUGAGUCAUCUGCUGUGUGUCAUUAAAGACCCAACUUUAAGUUAACGCCCCC